UGCUCAACAUUCUAGAGACCCUGAACGAGAACGACUUCGUCAAUGUCUUCAACUUCAGCGUGGACACCUUGGAGCUCGUUCCUUGCUUCAGGGACACGCUCGUGCAGGCAAACCUAGAGAACUUAGGAGAGUUCAAGAAAGCUCUCAACUUCGGCGACACAAAAGAUAUUGCAAAUUUCACUCAAGCUCUCACUCAGGCGUUCGAACUGCUUCAACGGUCCAACAAUAAGUAUAACAAGAGCGGUCAGGGAUCACAGUGUAACCAAGCCAUCAUGGUAGUGACUGACGGAGCGCCUUACAACUUCGAGGAGAUCUUCGCCAAGUAUAACUGGCCUCACCUACAGGUGCGAAUGUUUACCUACCUGAUUGGCCGCGAGGAAACCAAGGUCCGGGACCUCAACUGGAUGGCAUGUGCAAAUAAAGGUUACUUCGUGCACGUGACGACGCUGGCGGAGGUGAGAGAGCAGGUUCUGAAGUACAUCCCGGUGAUGGCCCGACCCUUGGUGAUGUAUCAGUCAACUCACCCGCACGUCUGGACCGGUGUCUACGCUGACAUAGCGGAUCCAAAACAAACAGAAUGGCUGUGGGAGGUGAGAGAAAGAAAACGACAGAUGGAACGCACCAACAAUUACCGCAAACUAAAGAAAAUCGUUGAGAACAAAAGCCGGUCACUUUCCAAUCCUUGGGUACUCCAAGACGAAAAAGAAGUGGAAAAGUUCCUCGUAUACGGGGAAUUUGGCCUCAGCAACAGAGACAUCGCCCGCAUAAAGGCUGAAAAGGCUCGGAAAACCAGGGGUCGCCGAGGUGCUCCAGGUCUCAGGGAAGGUUAUCGACUGAUGACUUCAGUUUCUGUUCCUGUCUUCGACCGAAAGAAAACGUCCGUGCGGACGGCGAACCUGUUGGGCGUGGCAGGCACUGACGUGCCCAUACGAGAGAUUGAGAAGCUCGUCCCACCCUAUAAGCUUGGAGUGAACGGCUACUCAUUCAUGGUUGACCGGAAUGGCUAUGUGCUUUACCAUCCUGACCUGCGGCCAGUGCACGAAGAAGCAAAUGCCGAGGUACUGAGGAAGUCACAAGACAAACAUAAAUGGUUUCAAGACAUUUUGAAGCCUAAUUACAACAGCGUCGACUUCGUUGAGGUCGAGUUGACGGAUAUCGAGUCCGGCCCUCGCUCCAACCACUCGGAGCUGCUCGCGCUGACUGGAUGGAGAGAUUAUUAUAGCAAGCUUCGUCGCGACUUGAUUGAGCAGCGAAAUGUUGAAGCCGUUCUCGAUGUCAAAAUUCACAUGGACGGCAUGAAGCGUGUCGUGCAGAGGAAGCAGCGGUACUUAACGCAAAAAAUAGGUGGAACGCCCUUCAGUCUGGGUAUUGCCAUGCCUGAAGGGUAUGGCAAGUAUAAGGUUCACGGCCAGAUAGAACUCUCAAGGGCUAUUCAAGACCCUAGAGGCAACAAAGCAAUGGAUCAUUUCUCAUCUGGCAACUGGACUCUUCAUCCUGACUGGGUGUACUGUGAGUACAAGUACGACCAAAACCAUGUGAACCAGAGUCCUGAGGACUUGAUGAAGGACUUCCUUUCUCGUGCUCAGAAGCCCCACUGGAAGUGGCGUUCCAUCCGUACCCGCCCUCCUCCUGAACCCACUAUGAACCAUGCACAGUUCAACACCUGGAAGUCCUCGGCCCAUGAUGACGACAGGAAGGAUAACUAUUACUGCGACAAGGACUUGAUCCAGAGCCUCCUGUUCGACGCCAGCGCCACCAAUGUCUACUCGAGUGAGCGCAAGGUGGAGGAUGUGCUAGAGGGGAAAAACCCAGUGGCGACUUACAUAAUGCUGUUAUACAGCAGCGUCCGACAUAACUUCGGGAUCACCACUGCCUUCGUCGCCACCCGCAGUGGCCUCACCAGGUGGCUGGACCUCACCAAGACCAACCCAGAAGACGAGAACGGCCAGAAUAACCACUCGGACGAACCGCACUUCAUGAAGAUCCACAACAAGGCCAUCGAUGAGGUGUGGUACAAAAGAGCCAUCGACUACUAUGAGGAGGAACCUGACGCCUAUGUGUAUUCAGUGCCUUUUGAUGCAGCAACCCGGGACCCAGACGAGGUGCUCGUAACAGCCACUAGAGCCAUCUUCAUCGUUGAGAACUCCUUCCGCAAGGCCCCAGCGGCAGUCGUUGGUGUUACCAUCAAGCAUAACAAGUUUGUUGAGUACUUCAAGAACGAGACUUACAAGUGCCCGUCGUACCCGUCCCGGGAUUCCAACUGCAAGAAGGCCAAGACAUGUGAAAGCAAGUCCCUGGACUGCUACUUGCUCGACGACAAUGGCUUCAUCAUCGCUUCCGAGAACGAGGACGACACCGGCAAGUUCUUCGGCACCCUGGAAGGGACCAUCAUGGAGUCCCUGGUGCAGAGUGAGGUCUACAAGAGGAUCCGCAUUUUCGACUACCAGGCCGUGUGUCUGGAUAGCCAGCUGGAGCGGAGUAUGGCCUCCAUACUUGACACGCCUCUUCAGCUGCUGCGGUGGACGGCCAACUGGAUGAUGGGGAAUAUCUUCUGGAUGCUGGUGAAGACGCACCUCUACACACUCUGGAAUCCCAACGAGGCAUGGGCCUACACGCACACAGAGAGGGACGUUCAAUACCCCAGCAUCAACGAGCCGCCGCCCCAGGGUGACUUCGACUACAAGGAACCCAACCUCGAGGACCCCAGAACUGUUGAGCUUCAUGAGUACCUGUCUGAUGAAGGGACGGUGGGAGCCCUUCCCAAAGCAGCAGCGGCCAAUGACAUCCCUCACAGCUUUGACUACGAGAACGUGACGGAGGGCAGCGGUGAGGAGGACAUCCUGGCUGAGUACUCUGACGUGCUGGGGGAGAUUUAUUAUGAUAUUGACGGUAUGCAGCCUGAAGACAAAGCAACUGAAGACUAUGAACAACAGGAGGAUGGAGACUUCCCUGCCAUCGGGUUGGCUUACAUCAACAAGACACACCCUCGCCCAUGCGACAAGGAGGUGUACCUCUACAAGCUUCAGAAUAAGAAACUGAUGCAGGAUGGAGCUUACAAGCCAGUGAAGGGGAAGCUCUCUAACUGUCACACCAAUGGCUGUGGAAGGCCUUUUAGUGUUCAGAAGGUGGUAUCGACGAACUUGAUCCUAGUAGCAGUGAACAACUUGUGCCCGUGUGAGUCGAGGAAGGUCGACAUCGAACCCGUCGAGGUAGACUACAACGAGACUAUGCACUGUGCCCGUCUCCUGUUACAGCACUUCAGGAAAAGACCAGCCAGCUGCUACAACUACCAUCCUGAUGAGCACGAAAUAAAGCUGUGUGGAGGAGCCGCGACACUGGGAGUACCAUCUCUGGCUCUCUUCACCCUGUUGACACUUACCCACAUCUUCAACAACAUGCGACAAAGGUCGUGAUAGUGAGGGGGUGUCUGGUCUCUCACACUGACAGCGUCACUCGUGACAGCACCUUGAAAAUAUACGUCUGAAAAUUAGCAGAAGCAGUUAAUUUUAUUAUUUUAUUUUAUAUUUGUGAUUAAUUUAGUUAUAUUAUACAUACUGAUAUUUAUGAGUGAGAGGAAGGAAAGAGUGAGAUUGAUAUGUUGUGUGAUGGUUGGUAAUCUUUUGUUUGUGGCUACUCGAUUCAAGAUGAGGGUUUGUCACGAAUAAAUGAAUUGCAGUUCUGGAUUUCCAUUGAGAGCUGAUUUACGGACAUUUAGAAUGGGGGACGUUUCCUCAAUUUUUUUUUUUUUUUGUAAAUACUGUACUGUGUAACUUUUUUUCAAAUCGACCAGUGAAAUGUAGCCAGUCGGGAGCAGCUCUCCUAAGUCGAUUUGCUAAUCAUCUCAUGCUAAUUGUUUCUGACUGGUACUCUAAAUGUUAGACCGAGAACAGAGAGACAGAGAAAGAGAGCGAGUGAGAGACAGACAGAAGGGCCUCUUCGUUCAUUCAAAACGGAGGAUUUAAGAAUCUUAGCCAGUUAUCAGAUAUGACAGAAACAUCUCAAUCACAGUUGCCAAGAUUAUUGACGAUGAUGCCGUCUAGAUAACGACUGUCAACGCCACUAUCACAAGAGCCUAACGAAGGAAUUACCAAGGCCAAGUCUGCCAGGACGUCUGGAAGACGAUCUUAAACCCCGCUGCAUUCCAAGGGUCCUCUUCCUGCUCCUCCACCUCCUCUUCUCUCUAGUGAACUCUUCAGUGACCCAAAGUGAUGACUUUGGGAUGAAGGUUUGAAUUUACAGAUAAAUCUAAUUUUCAUGGAAUAUGUGACCACUAAAGCUCUAUGUUCAAGACAUAAAGCACCCUUCAAAAACUUUUCAAUUUAUAGAUAUGCAACUGUCCCACUUCUAACCUUGUGGGAAGUGUGGCUGUAGUUUUACCUUUCAAAUGGAUUAUUUUAGUGGCAGAAGAUCCAAACCAAAAGCAAAAAAUCCAAUUUUUUCCUUUGGAAAAUAUCAUGGAUCGCAGUUAAGACUGAUAACGAAUGACAUAAGAAAAGUAAAUAUGAGUUGAUUUCCAUUCUACUGUAUUUAUAAGGAAGUGAAACUCCUUGAUGUGGAGGAAUAUCAAACAGUCUUUCUUUUAAUGAAUAUAUAUUUGUUCAUAUUCUGUA